CACCUAUAUCUACCCGGAGCCUCUCGCCAUCGGCAACCCAUCUUGUCUUCUUCCUCCUCCGUUCAAUUCUUUUUUCUCUCCGCCGCGAAUCGAAACAAAAUCUCGACGGUUUUUGGCGGAGCCCGAGGCCGCGAGAGACGCCAAUCCUUAUCCCCCACGCACCUCCCGCCUCCUCCACCACCACACGUUCCGCGCCCCCGGCCCAAGCCUCUCGGUUUUUCCGGCUCCAUUCCUCCUGCUGCUCGUUAUCCUUUCGCUUGCCCACUGGCAGUCCACAAGAAGAGGAGGCAGCACGUGUUUGUGCGAGUGAGUCCGCUCCCCAUUACCGGGCAUCCAGAACAGAGAGAGAUUUUGGUGCGAGUGAGAGGCUGAUUCUUAUACCCAAAACUCUUCUCUUGUGUUCUCCGUCCGCGGAGAUCGAUUCUUAAGGUGAAUUAGUCUGUUGGGAAUUUGAGGUUUCUGCGGCGAAUUGGUCAGGAAGGUCGUAUCCUUUUGAAGGGUCUGUCCGUCUGUGGCUGAAUCAGUUGGAGGAGAUGUCGUCGCUUGCCGAUCUGUUGAUGGGGAUCUUCCGGCAGCAGAGCCUCGGUGGUGCCGCCAUGGAGCUUGCCGCCCUUGCGGCUCCGCUCUGGGUCGCCGCGCUCGUCGGGCUGCUCAUCGGCUGGGUGUGGCGCCCGAGGUGGGCCGGGGUCGUCGUCGGCGAGAACGGGCAGCAGACGGCCCAGCUUCCUGCGCCGCCUCUGCCGGUUCGCACCGCCACCGCCGCCGAGGUCUCUUCCCGCGACGCAGCGGCCAUCGUGCCGAGAACGGAGGUGCCAGCUGCGGGGCCAGAGGAGCAAUUGGCGGUGAACAACGGUGACUUGAUGUACCUCUGGCGGCUGGUGGAGGAGAAGGACGGUGGGCCGUCGUGGAUUCACAUGAUGGAGCGCACGCUGCCGACGAUGAGGUACCAAGCCUGGCGGAGAGACCCAGAGAAUGGCCCACCACAGUACCGCAGCAGCACUAUCUUCGAGGAUGCAUCUCCAGAGGUUGUCAGGGAUUUCUUCUGGGAUGAUGAAUUUCGGAUUAAGAACUGUUGGGACGACAUGCUUCUUCAGCAUGAGACACUGGAGGAGUGCACCGAGACUGGAACAAUGGUUGUCCGGUGGGUCAGGAAGUUCCCCUUCUUCUGCAGCGACAGGGAGUAUAUCAUCGGUCGCAGAAUAUGGGCAUCUGGAAAGACAUUUUACUGUGUGACUAAGGGUGUGCCUCGUCCCUCUGUUCCAAGACAGAACAAACCUCGUCGCGUGGACUUGUACUACUCUAGUUGGUGCAUCCGUCCAGUUGAAUCAAGAAAAGGCGAUGGUGCGAUGACCGCGUGUGAGGUGCUCCUAUUCCAUCAAGAAGAUAUGGGAAUUCCAUCGGAAAUUGCAAAGUUUGGCAUCCGACAGGGGAUGUGGGGCUGCGUCAAAAAGAUAGAGCCUGGCCUUCGGGCAUACCAAGUUGCAAGGACAGCUGGUGAGCCUCUUUCGAAAUGCGCUGCCCUGGCACAUGUCACCACCAAGUUCAACGCCGAUGAGCUCAUCACAGAAGACAACAACGAGGCCAGUUCAACAAGCAUCAACAUAGAGGUUGAGAAACCAAAGCACUGGACAUGCAACAUACCCAAAGUACUCAUGAUAGGUGGUGCCGUUGCCCUGGCUUGCACCUUUGACCGUGGAUUAUUGACGAAGGCUGUCAUAUUUGGCACGGCGAGGAGGUUCGCAGGGCCAGGGAGAGGAGAUAGGUAGAUGAAGCCUGGCACCUAAGAGUGAUACUGUGCGUACAAGUGUCCUAUACAAUCUUUUUGUAGCAAUGCACAACAGAGGAUGCAGAUCAGUCCUUAUCCAAUUCUUCAGUUCAAAAAAUGCUUAUGUUGCAGAUAAGGUCUAGUCUGCUCAUGUUAGAUGAGUUCAGAAAAUAGAUCUUGUGCAUUCAAAAAAGGAAAAGGAGAGAGAUCUAGCGCGAGAAAGAAGUAUCUGCAAGCAGUCUAGGGCAUGCAUACUGCUGUUGCUGCAGUUUCUGAGGAUUAGAGGUAGCAGGUUAGGUUAGAACCAUAAUUAUGAGAAAGUUUAAGAGUUGAGACAGAAAGCAACUGUAUGAUGUACAAUGUAUAAGGUCCAUUUCUGAGGUGCUAUUAAAUAUAGUGCUCUUUAGUAGUUAGUAACAAGGGUUCUUGAUUUUGUCAGUAACAGCCACUGUUUUCCCCUAUGGGAUUGGUGGUGACCUCUUGGCAUUCUUGCUGAAUCUACUUGAGAGAAAUCUGUAUCCAGUGGGGCACUGUAUUCUUCCAAUUUGUUGCUUCUUCCACUGAAGUAUAUACAAUUACAGGAAAUAUGACUAGCGUAUUAGUAUUGUAUACGCCGGAUUGGUUCA